UGUCGACUUUCGUUCUCCUUCUCCGUACUCUUCUUUUUAAUUCGACCACUUCCCCAGCUUUGUCAUCUACGGACAAACUAUUCUUUCAAUAUCACUUUUUCAUUCUUUAUCCAACCCCAAAGUCCGAUAUCACUUUUUUAUUUGGACCGGUUCUACUCAGUGGCUCAAGCUAGCUUGCUACUUGCGCCCACCCUCCCACUCACCCACUUAUCCAUAUUUACCCGCACAUACCAAAUUCAUCAUCGUUGUCGACAGCAGCAGCAGAAGCAGAAAAGACAACUAUAGCAAAUAUGCCCGGCGCUCCAGAACUCAUUGAUGUUAUGGCGUUCAGCAACGACGAUAACCUUUUGAUGAUGAGAAGCACAGCGAGCCUGUACUCGUCGCAGGGCCUGCUAAGCGGCAUGCUUACUCUUUAUCGGAACAGGCUACUGUGGAGCGAGGUGUCAAGUAAGUCGUCAUAUCUAUGCACAUGCUCGUUUGUGCUAAAAAAGAAGGUGUUUUCUAUUGCGUUGUCCGUGACCUGUUUAUCUUUUUUCUUUACCGCCUUUCAGCAUGUGGGCUACUUUAUGGUGCUGUGAUUGGUGAGCCAAUCGGGCAGUUUCAUAAAGUUUCCCAGCUGCAGCCUGGUGUGCAUGAGCGUUAGAAUAUAAAAUGAAGAACACAUGAUUGCUGAUAUUUAAAUCACGAUACUAUGUGUCAUCUUAUAGGCCGCUCGUCAAACAUGCUUACC